AUGCCACGUAAAAUGAAAAAAACUUUUGUAACGGAUACACCCAAACCUUUGAAAAAAAUGCGUAAAAAAGUCGAUCCAUGUACAAAAGAAUCACAUACGAAAGAAAGAGAAUUACCAGUAAGGAAUGAACCUUUCAAAAUGCAAAAACAAUUAAGCAGUCAUGAUGGUAAUAGAAAUAUUAGUUAUCCACUUAUUUUGAUUGAGCAGAUCUUAAAUAGUGACGAAGAUCAAAAUAUUGACGAAUCUGAUAUUGGCGAAGACAAUGAUGAUGAAUUGGACGAAUUGGGAGAAGACAAUUCAGAACAACAUGUUGAUUUUGAUGCUCUGGAGUAUGAUAAUAAAAAUGAAGGUGUCGAAUCAGCAAUACCAGAUAUCAAUUCUAGUUUUACAUGA